GUCACUUCCGACCGCGGUGUUAGCCAGGAGUCCGGAGCGUCUCUCACAGCAGCGAUUAAUAGGUGAAGGCGAUGGUGGCCCCUCCCUCUCCGCGGGUACCACAGCCGUCCUGCCUGCUCGCCUCCAGAGCGCCCGAUGUAGUUAUUAGUGGAUUAGAUUAAGACCCUUACUAAGAUCCUACUAAGCCCCAUCCAAGCAAGGAGACUGAAAUCAAGAGUAAGAACUCAAGCAAGAUUAAGAUCCUUACAAGUGAUGUCUGAUACAGAUUUUCAAAUGCCUUUGGAAGAGGAAUCAGAAUUUACAAAUAUGGACAAAGCUGCCAGAGUCAUUCAAAAUGCCUGGAAAUGUUUCCUUAAUGUUGCUGUAUUCCAACACUAUAAAAGAUUGAUUGGUAUCAGAAGACAAGGCGAGCCACGUCAGAUAGUGAAAUAUAUUGAUCCUAAAGAGGCAGAGCUUCUAGAUGCUGCUGCUGGUAUUCGUGUACGAUUCAGAUUAGGUGGUGUUAAAUUUCCACCUGAUAUAUACUAUAAAAUUUUCACUCAUAGACAUAUUGAAGAUCUGUGUGCUAAUAGCCCUAGAGAUUAUACAAAACUUACAGCAAAAUAUACAUCUCAUAUUAAAAGCGAUGAUCUUCAGGAAGAGGAUCAUAGUGGCUGGUAUCAUCGUGUAGAGAACAAUGGCUGGAGGCCUGUCUCUGAUACAUUUUGGAUGUCUACUGAAAAUGUAGAGUUGGAAGACAAAAAAGAAACUGAAUUCCAUUUCUCUAAACUAAAGAGAAGGCAGGAUAUGGAAAAGAAAAGAAAAAUUAGAAAAAUAGAAUGGAUGAGAAAAAUGUACUAUGCAGGAAGCCUACAGGCUAAGUCAACAAAUCCUAAAACUCUAGAUUUAAUUCACACAGCAACCCAGGGGCUCAUGAGAUCAGUCGAAGGCAGUGGAAUAGAUGCUGUGAUGGAAUGGGAAGUGGAUGAAGUGCUAAACUGGACAAAUGCACUGAACUUUGAUGAGUAUAUUGCCAACUGGAAGGAAAUUGCUACAAGCAACUCUUCAGCUAACUUCACAAGUUUCACACUUGAGCAAGCACAGAAAAAAAGAUAUGACUAUGCAGAUAUGUCAGAGGAGAAAAUGGGAACACCAGAAGAUACUUUAUAUGGAAAUAUUUUUAAAAAACCAAAUUAUGCUAGACUAACGCCUGAUUCCACUUAUGGAAUAUAAAUAUAAAGUACUCUACUUUUCUGAGCUAUAGUCCUUCAAGCCCUGAUUCUAUUGGUUAUAGCCAAGAGAUAGUUUAUUCUGACCAGAAUGACUUAUAAACUCUUGGCACAGAAUCUAUGUAGCUCAAUUAAGUAAAGAAGCCUAAAGAGAAAUAGGACAUUGGACUGAAUACAAUGGUCAUGGAAAAUGUAGAAAUUACUCCUUGUAUUCUAACAAUCCUGCUUAAAUAAAUACAUUUAGGUACAAAAAAACCCUCUUUAGGUGGAUUUUUCUUCUAUUUGAAGCAUUCUUUAUUUGUGCAAUCAUGUCAGGCAGAGCUCUUUUUUCAAUUAAAAAAAAAGGG